AUGUCUUGCUCCAGCCUGUGUGUCCCUUCCUGUGGGGUGGCCGCCCCGUGCCCCCUGGCUGACACCACCAACGAGCCCUGCGUGCGUCAGUGCCAGAGCUCCUCGGUGGUGAUCCAGCCCCCGGCUUCCGUGGUCACCUUCCCCGGACCCAUCCUCAGCUCCUUCCCGCAGCACAGCGUGGUGGGCUCAGCGGGAAUCCCCGCCAUUGCUGGUGGCUACGGCGGGAGGUUUUGGGGGGCUGGGGGCUUUGGUGGCUACGGGGGCUAUGGAGGCUACGGUGGCUAUGGAGGGUACGGGGGCUAUGGAGGCUAUGGGGGCUAUGGAGGCCUUGGGGGCUAUGGAGGCUACAGGGGCUAUGGAGGCUGUGGUGGAUAUGGAGGCUUUGGUGGCUAUGGAGGCUUGGGGGGCUUCGGAUAUGGCGGCUGGGGCCGAGGCCUUGUGUCCUUCGGUGCCAUCUGUGGGAGCUGCUAA